CGCCUCGCGCGGCCGCCGCCCCGCCGCUCGCGGCUGCAGCCUGAAGCAGCGACGUGGCAGGAGGCGGUCGGCAAAGCCCGGCGGCUGUUCCUCCUCCGCUGCGGAGGAGGUGGCGAGGUGGGUGUCCCCCGGGUCCCGUUAGCCGCGCUCCGGCCGCCCUGCCGGCAUGGGACGGAGCCCAGCUCGCAGCUGGUCCAGAGAGGCUCUCCCUCCCCGCACCUCCCUCGGCCGGCUGUUGGGGCCCCGGGGCCCGUUAAUGGGUCGAGCGAGUAACGGCGGUGUUGGAGGCGGAGGACGCGGCUCUGGUGCUCGGCUCCAGUUGCCCUGCAGUUGCCCUGUGCCUCCCCCGCCGCUGGGAACGAGCCGGCGCCAGGUCAGCCCUGAGGGGUUGGUCUCGCUCCGCUGCUGUAGCGCUUCUUCUUGCUGGGAUUAGGAGCAAGAGCACUUAAAAAAUAUCAAAGAAAAAUAAGCACAUGAAAUAUUUAAUCCUUUUAGCUAGCCCGUAUGCCGUAGUUGCGGACUUCUCAGGAACCAGACUCCUUGUGCCACCUUCAGCGUCGCAGUGUAUCGUUUAUCCCCCUUCGAUGGUCCUUGUAACGCAUCCUUCUCUCAGGGGUGACCUUAUCGCUGUCUGCCUGAAAGGAGGGUGUAGCCAGCUGGGGUCAGCCUCUUCUCCCAGGCAACCAGCGACAGGACAAGAGGACACAGCCUUAACUUGUGCCAUGGGAGGUUUAGGUUGGACAUCAGGAAUAAGUUAUUCACAGAAAGGAUGAUUAUAUAUUAGAAUUGUAGGUGAUGGAGUCACCAUCCUGUUUUAAGGAAAGACUGGAUGUGGAACUUGGUGCCAUGGUCUAAUUGACAUAGCAGUGUUCAGUCCUAGGUUGGAUUCAAUUUUUUUUUUUAAACUAAGAAAACUACAGUUGUAGAACAAGAUCAUGGCUUGUUCUAUUAUGUAAGCAUCUUUGAAUAACACAUAGCAGUAAAAUGCACUUAUUUUGUCUCGUGUAACCAGUUUCUGGAAGUACUGUUUACAGUGGUUUUGUAUCCUGCCAUCCAAAGGGCACUGACAGUGAGGCAGCAGGAUGAAGGUGGAGUGGUGUAGUCGACUUGCCCUUUGCUCCAAGACAACCAGCCAGACCUUUCUGCUUGGAGGAGUGUUCAUUGCAUUGGGUUCAAGUCGAAUCCUCCUGAUGAAGUAUUCUGCCAAUGAAGAUAACAAGUAUGAUUACCUUCCUACAACAGUGAACAUGUGUUCUGAAGUAGUAAAACUGGUCCUAUGUGUAGUGUUGGCAGUCUGGAAUAGGAAAAAAGAAAAGGGUUGUAUGGAUCAUCUCUCUGAAUGUUUUUCCUGGAAGAAUGUAUGCAAUUCCAUUAAAUGGUCAAUUCCUGCCUUUCUUUACUUUUUGGAUAACUUGAUUGUCUUCUAUGUACUGUCCUACCUCCAGCCAGCAAUGGCUGUACUCUUCUCAAAUUUUGUCAUUAUAACAACAGCUCUUCUCUUCAGGAUAGUGCUAAAGCGAAGACUCUCUUGGGUACAGUGGGCGUCUCUGGUGAUUUUAUUCCUGUCCAUCGUUGCCCUGACUCGAGGAACUGGAGGCCAUCAGCACAGCUUGGCUGCACAUGGAUUUCAUCACAGUAUGUUUUUUAGGCCAUCUAACCACUGCCUUCUUGCUACUGGACCUGAGGAAGCAUGUGCGGAAAGGGGCAACUGUGCAGCACCAAGUUUCCUUCACAGCUUCCAGUGGAAUGUGACCAGUACCAUGGCGGGAGCACUGAAGCCUCUCCGCCUCAGCCUGGGCCAUCUGCUUAUUCUAGUUCAGUGUUUUGUGUCUGCCCUGGCUAACAUCUACAAUGAAAAGAUGCUGAAAGAUGUGGAUCAGCUUGGGGAAAGCAUCUUCACACAGAACAGCAAACUCUAUGCCUUUGGAGUGCUGUUCAAUGGGCUCAUGCUGGCACUGCAGGCUAAGGACCGGAGGCAGAUAGGGAACUGUGGCUUCUUUUAUGGGCACAACAUCUUCUCCGUGGCUCUUAUAUUUGUCACAGCUUUCCUGGGGCUGUCUGUAGCCUUCAUCUUGAAGUUCCGAGACAACAUGUUCCAUGUUAUGACUGCUCAGAUCAACACUGUCAUCAUCACCACUGUGUCUUUUGUCAUCUUUGACUUCAGACCUUCUCUAGAGUUCUUUUUGGAAGCUCCUGUAGUCCUUCUCUCCAUAUUCAUUUAUAAUGCCAGUAAAGCAAGAGGCUUGGAAUAUGCCAGUCUGAGGGAAAGGGGAAAACUCAUCAAAGGAGAUGCAUGGGAAAGAUCAAGUGGGGUGUCAUCUAUUUUAGCACUUACACCUAAGCAGCUGUUGUAGAAACGAAUAGCAUUAUGUGAGCAUGCAAAGCCAGCUAUAUCUUGGGCUGCAUCAAAAGCAGUGUGACCAACAGGUCAAGGUAGGUGAUUCUGCCCCUCUGCUCUUGUGAGACCCCACCUGUAGUACUGUGUCCAGCUCUGGGGAUUUAGAUCUGCUGUAGUGAGUCCAGAGAAAGGUGAUCAGAGGGCUGGAGCACCUCUCCUAUUAAGACAGGCUGAGAGAGUUGGGGAUGUUCAUCCUGGAGAAGAGAAGGCUCCAGGGACACCUUCUAGCAUCCUUCCAGUACCUUCCAACCCAAACCAUUUUAUGAUUGUAUGGAGGAAGGGGCUACAAGCUGUUUUAGGCAGUGAGUCACUAAAAAGUGUUAAAGAUUCAGGGAAUGUUUUUUACGAGUAUGUAUUUCCUAAACCUUAUAACACACUUGUAAGAGAUUUAAAUUACAGGGAUUACAGGAUUUUGCUUUAAGUGAUACUUUUAAAUAAACCUUAGU